CGGGAGCUCGGGCCCGGGGCUGUGGCCCCGCGGAGGCGGCGCCGGGAGGAGCCUGUCCGCGGGGGGAGGGGCCGCGGCGGCCGCCUGGGCGCACACACCGCCCCGCCCCGUCCCGCCGCCGCCAUGCCCGGCAUCGACAAGCUGCCCAUCGAGGAGACGCUGGAGGACAGCCCCCAGACACGUUCCUUGCUUGGUGUAUUUGAAGAAGAUGCUGCAGCAAUUUCAAGUUACAUCAACCAAUUAUAUCGAGCCAUGCACCGAAUUUAUGAUGCACAGAAUGAAUUAAGCGCAGCAACUCAUCUGACUUCAAAACUUCUGAAGGAAUAUGAGAAGCAGCGUUUUCCAUUAGGGGGUGAUGAUGAAGUUAUGAGCUCUACCCUACAACAGUUUGCAAAAGUGAUAGAUGAGCUCAGCUCUUGUCAUGCAGUACUUUCAACUCAACUAGCUGAUGCCAUGAUGUUUCCCAUUACUCAGUUUAAAGAAAGGGAUCUAAAAGAGAUACUGACUUUAAAAGAAGUUUUCCAAAUUGCAAGCAAUGAUCAUGAUGCUGCCAUUAACAGAUACAGUCGGUUGUCGAAAAGAAGAGAGAAUGAAAAGGUCAAGUUUGAAGUUGUAGAAGAUGUAUAUACUUCCAGGAAGAAACAGCAUCAAACUAUGAUGCAUUAUUUCUGUGCAUUAAAUACUCUUCAGUACAAGAAGAAAAUUUCUAUGCUAGAACCUUUAUUAGGCUACAUGCAAGCUCAGAUAAGUUUUUUUAAAAUGGGUUCAGAAAAUCUUACUGAGCACCUGGAAGAAUUUUUAACAAAUAUUGGCACAAGUGUACAAAAUGUUCGCAGGGAAAUGGAAUCUGAAGUAGAAAACAUGCAACAGACCAUAGAAGACUUGGAAGUAGCUAGUGAUCCGUUAUACUUGCCUGAUCCUGACACUACAAAAUUUCCUGUCCAUAGAAGUCUGACCCGGAAAGCUGGAUAUCUUAAUGCAAGGAAUAAGACUGGCCUGGUGUCUUCUAGUUGGGAGAGACAGUUUUACUUCACUCAAGGUGGAAACCUUAUGAGUCAGGCAAGAGGUGAUGUAGCUGGAGGGCUUGUCAUGGACAUAGACAACUGUUCAGUAAUGGCUGUGGACUGUGAAGACAGAAGAUACUGCUUUCAGAUAACAUCUUUUGAUGGAAAAAAGUCUUCAAUCUUACAAGCAGAAAGUAAAAAAGACUAUGAAGAGUGGAUUUGUACAAUAAACAACAUUUCUAAACAGAUAUACCUAAGUGAAAAUGCUGAGGAAAUUGCUGCACGGGUCAAUCAGUCUGCUCUUGAGGCUGUCACCCCCUCUCCUUCCUUCCAGCAGAGACAUGAGAGCAUGCGGCCAACUAUACAAUCUCGUCCUCCCACUGCUCGAACUAGCAGCUCUGGGUCACUGGGAUCUGAAUCGGCACCUUUAUCAACCCUUUCCUUGGAUUCACUUGUUGCCCCUGACACACCUAUACAAUUUGACAUAAUUUCUCCAGUUAGUGAAGAUCAGCCUGGCCAAGCAAAAACUUCAGGGCAGUCUGGCAGACGCACAAAUCCAUUCGGUGAAUCUGGAGGCUCAAAAUCUGAAACAGAAGAUUCCAUUCUUCAUCAGUUAUUUAUUGUACGAUUCCUUGGCUCCAUGGAGGUAAAAUAUGAUGAAACUCCUGAUGUUGUUUAUGAAACAAUGCGUCAGAUACUAGCAGCCCGAGCUAUUCAUAACAUUUUCAGGAUGACAGAAUCACAUUUAUUGGUCACGUGUGACUGUCUGAAGUUAAUUGAUCCACAGACACAAGUUACAAGACUUAGGUUUUCUUUGCCCAAUAUAGCUUUGUAUGCUACACAUCAGGAGAACAAGCGCCUUUUUGGAUUUGUGCUUCGGACUUCAGGAGGGAGAGCUGAGAGCCGUCCAACUUCAGUCUGCUAUAUUUUUGAGUCAAAUAAUGAAGGGGAAAAGAUCUGCGAUUCUGUUGGAUUGGCAAAACAGAUAGCUUUGCAUGCAGAAUUGGAUCGUAGAGCAUCAGAAAAGCAAAAAGAAAUAGAAAGAGUAAAAGAGAAGCAACAGAAGGAACUCAGCAAGCAGAAGCAAAUUGAAAAAGACUUGGAAGAACAAAGUCGAUUGAUAGCUGCUUCCAGCAGACCCACUCAAAGCAGUGGAGAGGGACAAUUUGUAGUCCUUAGUAGUAGCCAGUCAGAAGACAGUGACUUGGGAGAAGAAGGAAAGAAGAAGAGGGAGUCUGAAGCCUGAGGUUACUUGUUUUAUUAAAAAUAGAAUCUUUGGAUAUACCUGUGGUGAAAUGGCACAAGUUACAGAAGAAGCAAAAAUAGAGCUGGGAGUGUCUGCUUAUUAAAUAGAGACUUAAUAAUAGGUGGAUCCAAUUUAUGCUUUACAUUUUCUUUAUAUGUUAAUUUACUUUGCCUGUUAAUGUAAGAAUAUUCCUUCUUCCAUAUGUUAGAAGGAAGCAUGGCAGUACUGUUGUAUUUGUUAUCUUCUCAAGACUUUUAAUAUGGAAACUUUUUUUUCAUUUGCCUGGUGGUGCAACUGACUGUUUUGAAGCAAAAAAUUAAUCUUUUGACUGGACUUCAACAGUACACUGUAAUUCUGUUCUUUGAAUUGCUGUAAAUAGAACAAUUCGCUGGAAACAGAAGUGGGCUUUAAACUAAAACAGCACUAUUCAAUAUCUAACUUGUUGCAGAGGAUUGUUUCUGGAGAUAGUUAAAAAAAAUAGCCCCCAUUAACACCAGUCAAAUGUGCAAUAGUUCUAGACUUAUGGGAAAAGGGAUUUUAAUUUUUGUGCACUGAAUGGUACUCUCCUGGUUUUCUACUGAGCAAUUUCAGGACAGUUGCUUAAAUGACAAAAGCAUUUUACUCGUAUUAAACCUGGAUAAAACUUAAAGGGAUAUUUACAUCUUGGUGCCUGGGGAAUUGCAUAUAAACCUUUUCACAUCAAGAUGGAGGGUAUAGUGUAGACCUCCUUGAAAUGCAAGAGCCGCAUUCUAGUUUUCUCUUAUGGAACUAGUUUAGGGAUGUGAAUGGUUAAACGAUUAGUUACCAGUUAUCACUGGGGCCGGGCAGUGUGGGAAGGAAGUGGGGGAAGAGAAACCCUGUGGUGCCCCAGCAAGAACUGGAAGGCGGCAGGGCAGGAUGGAGUGGGGGAGAGGUGUCUAAUACCUAAUAGCUAGGCUACACAGAGGGAAGGAGGGGGAGAGGAGUGGGGAAGGGGAGGGCUGACUAAUAUACUGCCUAAUACCUAGGCUAUGCAGAGCAAGGAGGACAGGGGAGAGGAGGGGUUGCCUGCUUCCUCCCUUGCACUGGACCCGCAGCUGCAACAGGCUGGUAAAGCCUCUUGCUGCCUGCCACUCUCCUCCUGCACUGCUGCAGCGGGCCACAGAAAGCUGUGCACUGGUGGCUGCAAGUCUCUCAUUGGCUGCUGCCCUCCUCACCCACCCCCCAAGGGCUUCCUGGGCUAUGCUGUCUGCCUCUACCUGGUGGGGCUGCUUUGACCCAGCUUCUCUUGCUGCUAAGGGUGGGUGGGUACAGACCUUCCUCCAUAGCAGGGCAGGCACCAGCCUGGGCCUAACACCCGCCCCCCGACUUUACAGAGCCACCGGCUAGAGCCCAACACUGCUGUGCCCAUUGAUGCCUGACCAAUUAAUUGUUUAACUUGUUGCAUUUACAACAAGUUAAAUGAAUAUAAAUAUGUAUUUAAUUGGUAUUUACAUCUUUAAACUAGUUAUGGUUAACAGGGACUUAUAUUUAUAGAAAAUUGAACCCCAAAGGUUUUGUAAGUAUGUCGGUGUUAUAAGAAUAUUUGAGUUUGAACCAGUGGUUUGAAGAGAACAUACAACCUAUUAACUAAAGAUUCUGGAAAGCAGGUGCAAAGCUUUCUGCAUAACUGCAUGAAACAUUUGAAAAAACAUUAAAGGGCAGCAGAGAGAACACUAAUCCUGCUUCUUCCAUGCAACCCAGGGAGCUUCUUUUCAAAAUAGUAUCUGCUUACAGCUCUACAGCUUCCUGACUGUUCUCAGUGUUAUUUUUAUUCUGUAUACAAUUUACUGCAUACUAAUAUUCCCAGGGCUUUAGAAUGCCAAUUUGCCAAGAUGGAGACACAAAUAGCAUAAGCUAUUUUUUCCUUCAGGUGCCUGAAUCUAGACUCAUGAAAGGCAGCACGACACCAGGAACGUUAGUGGUGGUGUCUCCACAAUUGUAUUAACUAAAAUUUCUCGCUCACCUUUGUCACUGACAUCUCUUUCUCUGAACAGCAUCCUUUUCUUCUUUCAGACCAGAUGACAACCCACUUCAAGCUUAUUACAUCUUGCUCUUUAUCUUCUUUCCCUACAUGUUAAAAAUACAAAUAAACGCUCCAAAAAAAGGUACAAAAAAAAUACAUCACCUACGUAACUCAUGCCAGUGCAGGUUACUUAAUGUAUUGGCCGACUUCAUGUAGGAGAUAGUUCCACAAAGUAAUAGAUCUGUCGAGGUUUUCUUGAUAGACUAAAUUCCCCUUAUUUUCAUUUCAUCCAUUUUAUUGAAAGGAUAUUUCACAUUUGGGAUUUUUUUUUCUCUUAAUAGAUAGUUUAUCUCUUGAUAAACUACCUUAACUAGAAAUAUGUUAUAAUCUUAAACAUGGAACAGCUCUACAAGAAAAAGAAGGAAAAAUUAGUACCUAGAACUUACUAUGAUACCUUGAUUUUUCAGAUGUAGCUGGACAUUGCAUUUCUUCCGUUUGUUUAUAAGUUUUGUAAGUUCUUCCACUAGCAGCACUAUAGAUGGUUCUUUGUGCUGAAGAGCACAGGAGUGAGAAGUAUCUCAUUUCUAUCAUUCUAAAAAGACACUUUUGGUCACUAACAAGACCCUACAAUCCAUUUGAAGUGAAAGUUGAGGUGGAAGUGUGCCAUAAGGAGUGUAUUGAAUGAAGAAGGUGAUCCCUUUGAGAAGGGAAAUAUGGUGUGAUGGAUGAAUGAGGAGAGGUCCUGAGACUUGGAAAUAGCUUCAGGAGUGUAGAGGGGGCUAAAAAGGCUUUAAGGAGAUCCAGGAGAGUUAAGGAGGCAGAACUAGUGGAUGGCCUGCCCAAAGAUGUUAAAAGAUGAACCAGUGGAGAGCAGUCAGAAGAGCAGAGAUUAGGAAUACUGAGUUUGCAGUAUUAGUGGGUGAAAUACCUUGAACUGUGUUGAACUACCUCAGUACAGAGAGGGCAGUUCAACUUACUGCAUAAAACUUCUCCAAUGGGGCAAAUGUAAUUUUGUCCAGGGGUCUGUAUUUUGUGUCUCCCCUUCAUUCAUGUUUAAUUUGUCAUUAUGGCAACUAAAAAACAUAGUCUCUUUUUGCAUCGUGAAUCUGGAUGAACUGGGUCAGGGAGGGACAUACGUUGCAUGUAUCUAUGGUUAUUAGGCAGGCAAAAAUAGUAAGUCUAUUGAGGUGCACCUUGGUAGGAAAUGCAUGAAUGAAGAACUAUCAGUAGACAUUUGCUGUACGAAGAACCAGCUCCAUGGUGGAGAACUGCUACCACCUGCUGAAAGCAGAUUAAUGUAUUGGUGCCACCUGGCUUUCACCCAGGCUGUGUUCUCACUUCUCUAGAGACUGCAUUACUAUUUACCUGUUAUAUAGCCUAUGGCACAGUAGCUUUUGGCCCUUUGGAACAGACUUUACUCAGCAAUGUGUGUAAGACAGUGUAGCGUGAUGGUAACAUAAUUCUGUAGUAGACCCACUAACCACUAGCCUGUGGCAUACUCUAUAGUGUCUAAGCUUGCAACAAGGAAAUCUGCCCUUGCUGGCUCAAUUGCUAGUUCAGGAUGCACCGUGCUGGCCAGUGCAUGAUAUAACAGUUAGUUUUUGCAGCUGGGCCAUUAGUUAUUUUACAGUAUAGUUGCUAGUUUCAAACUAGAUUUUUAGAUUACUUUUUGUGCAGUAGCAUAUAUUUUUCCCUGUAUACAAGAUGCAGAACUUUUGAUACCCCCUUGUUCUGUAAAAUUAGCAAAUCAGUCAGUGGAGGGAGUGUUGCUCUUGCAAAUACUUUUCUUAACCUUUAAGUAACCGUAAUUGAAUGCUGUCUGAGUGAAGAGUCUUAAAACCAACAAAAAAAGUGCUGGUUUCAAGACUUGUAUAGUAGCCUUAAAUACAAAUAUUUACUAUACUAUACAGAUUCCAUGUUCUUUUCAGAGCUGUUUUGGCAGGACUUCGUCUCUGUUAAUCUUUGACCAUGGUUGUUGGAUUGCUAUAAAAGUGCACGUGGGUCUCUAAUAUUGUUUAUUUAUUUUUCCAACACUUUACACUCCCAUCCUUCUGCUUUUUAUUAACACACCAAUAGACCUCCUAAAUGCAGCAGCUCAAUUUGCUGUUCUACAGCAUCCAAAUCCAGCAGGUUUACUUUUUGGAAAGUUCCCUGGAAAGAUUAGGUUUUUUAGGUGGCUUUUAACACAUUUGGUUUUAUGGCAGCAAUGAUGUCUAGAACCAAUUCUUAUAUUGAUAAAUUGCAUCUUAAUGGAUAUUACCACAUAUUUUUGGUUAAUUAGAUAGUAUGUUUAUUAAACUAUAUACACCUCACUUCUGUUGAGGUGAAUAUCUUGUUUACCUAAGAGGUAAAUAUUAGAAUUAACAGUAACUUAAUAUUUACAAGUUAAAAAUACACCCAUUAAUACAUGUAGAAACUGUGUAACAAACAUCUAGGUUAAGUGCUUAUAGAGCUAAAAUGCAUGAUAUUAUAAUAUGUAUAAUACCUGGACAUUUCCUUCAUGGCCAUAACCGAUUUUUCUUUAAGCACAUCAGUUGUAAGUAGAAGAUCAAGUUUAAAGAUGUGUGUUCUCACUCCCAAGGAUCUAACUACAAUCAGGACAAGCUAUGCAUAGUAUAUUAUAGUGUUUACCUCCUGAGGCCUGGAACUGAAUCUUAGCUGAAACACUGAGUCAGGAACCAUAAAAGAGUUUGUUGUGUAUUCAGCAAUAGAAAUGAAUCAAAUUAUGCCCAGUGACAUGGAUCCAAUUCACCAAUAACUCCAGAAACAGUUGGAGUUUUCAGUGGAGGCACUCUUGAUAUACCAUACACAGGACCAUCCCCCGGGGGGGUGCAAAUUGGGGUGACUGCCCAGGGCCCUUUGCUUUGGGGGGCCCCACGGAGCCGGGUGGAGCAGUGGCGGCAUGGAGCUGGGUGGAACAGCAGCUCCACAUCCAGCUGCUCACUAUCCACUCCCCCCCAACCCCGUUGCCGAUGGUGGCAGUAGCUUCUUCAGGUCUGGGAUCGGAGUGGGGGGGGGGCCCGCAUGGGCUGAUUUGCCCCGGGCCCUGCACCCUGCUUGGGUCGCCUCUGACCAUCCAUAUAAAAAAGCAGCAUUUGGUGCUGCAUGCAGUUGAAGAUGAAGUUUUACAAACUGAAUUGACUGUUCAGAGUUUAGGCAGAAACUGACCAGGCAUUUAACAAGCUGACCAGGUUAAAUGUUUGGGAGGAGAACGUUAAACUUGAAUUAAGCAAAAAUUCCCUCUCCUGACAGACAAGUAGUUUGAAUCCCUCACUCUUGCAUCAGUUGAGGGAUUCAGAUCAAGACUUUGUGUGGCUUUUAUUUUUUUAUGUCCCUUCAUCUCUUGGCAUCACAAACCUCCAUGGCAUACCAAACCUCCUAAACAUUUGGGCAAGCAAAAAAGGGGCUACACCUUCCUUUUUUUAAAGAACAGCAACAUGAUUACAAAUGACUUUAUCAUUGACACCCACUCAAAAAACAAAAAAAGCCUUUUCUUUUCGGGCCUGCUUCUGUCUCUGCUUAGUUUAAGAGAAAAAGAGCCCUUGAAACUGUGGAGUGAAUUCAGGAGAGGGACUUACCUUUCUUACUCUGUCUUUCCUCCUUUGCUCUUCUUACAGAUUUCUUCUUUCUUGUGAAUCAGAACUAAUCCCCAAGUUUCUUAAUCAAGCAAUAAGUUAACUUUCUUCUGAUUACAGCGCUAAGUUGGCAUGAACAAGUAAGUCAGUUUGCCAUUGUGAAUGAAUUGAUAUUCCACAAUGGAGUUCACAUGCAAACCAGGAAUUUUACACAGUAUAUUCAGGUGACUUGUAAUGUGGUGGCUUGGUCAAAUUCUUAUAAUGUGCUGGGUUGAUCCUGUUCUAGUGAAGUAUAAGUAAUUUUGGAAUGUUUAAGGGUUCUAUAAAUUUUUCCCUGAAUAUCUGUAUUAAAAAGCAUCACCUCAAAUGGUUAAAAAUAGUGUCAGUUUGACAGUUGUGUUUAAAACUCAGAAAUGGAUAUAUUGACCUGGGCUUCUGUUAACAUGAUUAUAGGUUCAGUUGGAAGUUGGCUUUGUACAGUAACUAUUUGAGUAAGACUUGUUUUAAAAUAUAAGCAACUUGCUUUUUCCUAAUACUGACUUCUAAAAACAUGCUCGUUUUCCAUGAAGCAUACAGUAAUUUCACAAAUAGUAGUAGCUGUAUGUUGUCAAAAUGUACUUUCAGUUUUAUGUCAGUAAUUCAGGAAUGCUCCCCAGGUAUAUUCAAGGAAAUUUACUGUACUUAAAAAGGUCAGGAACAAUGCUAAUUUAUAUCUGCGAAAAGGACUGAAGGUUAAAGGUGAAUUUUUUUAACAUAUUUGCUGGCUGUUUCAAUGCACACCUUGUUUGGUUUUGUCACAUGAGUGUGUAGCACUUUCUAAAGAACUGUGGUUAUGUUACCCAUCAAAAUUCAUGUGUACAGAAGCUUCAACCAGCACAACCCAGUAGAUUCAGACCCAUUAAUGCAGAUACUGACUCACACUUCCCAUGUGCUUCACUAGUUUUGUUCAUUACUUGAUUAGACCCCAUGUGAGACAGUGGCUCAUAACACAGUAGCCAAAUCUGUAUUUUAUAAGGUUUGUAGAUUUUUCUGGAGAAAAACAGACUUUUGAAUUAUGUAACUUAAGUGAUACAGAUGCAUGUAUAAAUAAAAAUCUAUACUUACUUGAACAUAAACUUGAUUAUGAAAAAAAUAAAUACUAUUAAUGCCCA